AGAGUAACUUCCCUUACAAACAUGGCCGCGCCCAUGAAAAAUGUGGAUCUUGGUUUUGUCGCAGAUGAUUUUGAUCCAAGACUUUUGACAAGUCGUUUCUUUCCAAGUAAAGUUGGUGGUAAACCUGCGUGGCUGUCACUGUCUGAACUACCGCCAGUAUUGUCUUGCCCGACAUGCGGCGCACCAUGUGUGUUUUUACUUCAAGUUUAUUCACCCAGAGAAGAACAAACUAACGCUUUUCAUCGAACAAUAUUCAUUUUUCUGUGCAGAAAUCCAAGCUGCUGUAAAGAGAACCAUAAUGGUAAUUUUAUUGUAUUGCGGUCCCAGCUUGCCAGGGAAAAUGAUUUCUUUAGCCCGAUACCACCAGACGAAGACAACCCGGAUGUGGUGCCCGGGGGGUUGGGGAAUGUGGGCGUGGCACUGUGUGUCGUGUGUGGAUUAGCAGCACCCAAGCGAUGUGGGAAAUGUCAUAAGGUGUCCUACUGUAGCAAGCAGCAUCAAGCUCUGCACUGGAAGGCCACACAUAAGAAAAGGUGCUGUCAGGAACCAGAUGAUGAAGUGGAAAUCCCCAACCUGUUGUUUCCACAAGCAGAGUUGGUAAUGGAGGAAGAGAUUCAGCAGAAGGAUGCCCAGGCAAGAGAAAAGUCGGAGGCAGAAAAGUUGCGAGAAUAUCAAGACCUCCUGAAGACCAACAAGGAAAUUGGAGCAUCUGGCCUUGAUAAAGAUGAGCUAGAGAAGUCAGCUGUGUCUGAGACAGAAGAUGAUAAACAGUUUGCCAAAUUCAAGGCCAGAAUUGCUACAAAUCCAGAUCAGGUGUUGCGGUAUGAUCAGGAUGGGACACCUCUGUGGAUCUCUACCAGCCAUAAGCCUCAGCCGAGUGACAUACCUCCCUGCUCAUGUGGGGCACCGAGACAGUUCGAGUUCCAGAUCUUACCACAGUUGUUGGCAUACCUGAAGGUUGACAGUGUUGGGGACAGCAUAGACUGGGGUACAUUGUGCAUCUACACCUGUUCUAAAAGCUGUGAUAUUGGCAACAAGUACCAGCCAGAGUUUCUAUGGAAACAGGACAUUACAGGGGGUAAUCCUGGGACGUGAUCUUCCAGACAAGACUUGUCAUCAGUUGAUGCAAGGACGAAUAAACAUACAAUU